AUUUCUUAAUUUCUCUCUUCUAAAAAUGAACAAUCUAGUCCUUUCACUGUUCGAGUCACCUGAGUUGACAAAACUUGUGGCUCAAUACUUGACAGUCCAUGAUAUCGCACACUGUAUCUUGACAUGCAAGACCCUCUCAAGACUUUUUGAGCCCUAUUUAUGGCGCCAAUUACUCCUAAGGAAUCAUAGCCACUACAAUAUCCUUCCUCGCAAUCCUAUCAGCAACAUCAAUAAUGGCAAUCGUAAUGAUAAUGCUAGCCGGUAUCACCUUAAUUAUCAGUUCCUAUACCAGAACAAUCCACUCUUACUCUGCCCGCCGUCAGGAUUCUCCAGGAACCGGCACCAUCUCCAUUAUUUCAUCGACUUGGCUGAAGGAGAAGCCCCCAUUGAAAAAUAUCUCGAGAUCAUGGUCGAUGGCUUACCUUUACUUCCUGCACUGUCGGACUCUGCAGAGGCUUCUACACCGACACACGAAGCUACCGUCGCGACAUUGACAGAAUCUCUUUCCACGACACUUUCUUCCACAAGUAGCAACAGUAUGAUAAAUCUCCGGGAACUCAAACUCUCACACUUGACUCGGUCCAGGAUCGAUCCUUUAUCCAUUUCGGCUCCAGUGAAUCAUCUACUGCUCCUUCGGAUAUUACAUUCCAACUCAAAUCUGACACACUUGGACCUUCCUGUUACAGUUCUAACUCAGGAUCCAUUGCUGGUUCAAUGUUUUCUGGACGUCAUAUCGACCAAUCUUCAGCACUUACAGCGAUUAAUAUUAAAUGGCACUUCCGCUCACUCUACCAGUAGCAAUAAUACUGCUGGGGAUAUCAUAUCUGCAGAGACAUCAGUCCAGUUUCUAGGCACAUGUUUACAACAUCCUCGACUACGGGAUCUCCAGUGCAACUUUACGAUGGAUGAUAGCAAAGAGACAACAUCUUGGGGCGGAAGAACACCUACACCAAUGUCGUGGUCGCAUGUAGAGAGUGGACAAGACCAAGGAGGACAACAGCAUAGUGGAGGGAGAGGACGAGAGGAGGAAGAGCUAGAAGAACUAUGCUCUGAAUAUUCAUAUGAAUCCUUCAAUAGGAUACCCAACUACGAGACUCAACUAUUAGGACUUUUGAAGACCCUGUCUGUUGCGGAUCGGGCUAAAGAAGAGGCAGGACUUCCAACAGCUUGUCCACUCUUGGCACUUAAAUUACCAGCCACUCGGUUCGGCUAUCCGGAUUCGUUCUUAGAUCGAUUCUUACUAUCACUCGAAAACCUAGAGCGACUAAACAUCACAGAUAUCUUGGAGGGGCAUGAAGAUGAAUUGGAGCCAUUGGUGGAAGAGUGUUGUCCUAAAUUAAGGCAUAUCGAUUGUAGUUUUGAUUACACUCAAUAUAGUGGGAAACCCAUCAUAUCGGUGAUUCAUGGAUGUGCAACUCAUGCAGGACUUAUCUCAUUUAGGGGCUUUGGGUAUGAUGAUCAAGAGGAUGAGGAACAGGAAAAAUACUACAAACCAUCGACAACGUCAUCAUCAUCCAGAAAAACAAUAAUACCAACUGUGGUCCAAAUUCUUGUACAUAAACACUCAAAAACACUUGAAGUGAUUGAGCUUCCGAAUUGUGGAGCCAUCCGGAGUAAAGAUUUACAAUUAAUCCUAACGACCUGUCCCCGGCUUCGACGGUUGUGGGUUUGGCCAGAAAAUAAUAAUGGGCAGAUCGCAUUGGAAUUUGUAGAUGUGGUCAAAGAUGAAUGGGUCUGUUUGGGUUUGGAGGAACUACAGUUGACAUUGACUCGACAAUCGGACGACCAUAGCCAACUUACUGGUUCAGCUGAUCAUUCGAUAAAGGGGAAAGAGACAAUGCCAUAUUAUCUUCGACAGCCGGUCACGAGGCGACGAGGAGAAAGCUACUCAUCCUUCUCUUCUGACAGACAGAUGGCCCAAAUGGCCAAGGAAGUCUAUGCUCAAAUCGGUCGACUGAUCAACUUGCGUAGCUUAGUCCUUGGAUGUGAUAAGGAUGAGCCAUCAGACCUAGAGUAUUUUGCCAAAGAUUUGACAUUGAAUCGAGGAUAUCUAUCUGAGCUCUCGAAGCUGAAAGAGUUGAGACAUUUUGGAAUGACGACCAAUUUUUGGUUGAAGAUGCGACAGGCAGAGACCAAAUUCAUGCUCAAACAAUGGCCCAAGUUGGAGAGGAUUACAUUCGGAGAAGACAAUUAUCAUUUCCUUAAUCAUGGUGGAGGUAGGAAUGGGAGCCGGCAUUUUCGAUCUGCUUAUGGUCAUGGUUAUGAUUAUAGCUGUAGCGCUUUGCUCUCUCAAUUAGCCGAUCUGGAUAUCGCGGACGAGGACCAUUGGCAGUUGAUGCAGGAGAAGCGACCCUGGCUACGAUUUGUACAGGCCUCGCUAUAUAAGAAACAGAGGAGCUAGACAAAGGGCAGAACUAUAUUCAUAAGAUUACCGAACAACUCGACAGAAAACUGGACUACCAAAUCAAAUAGCCUUGAGCAAGGCAAUUUAGUCCAGUUAUUAUCGAAACUUUGAGGCUGUAGCUGCCACUAUCUGGAUUGCACCCUCUUCUGAAGAAAGGGGAUCUGAAGUGCAUGAAGAAUAGAGAAACGUAUAUAUAUUACAU